ACCCUUCUUCAAUUCUCAUCAUAAAAAAAAAGAAGUAGAGUAUAUCUUCAUCUCAGCCAUUGAACAAUCAUUAAAUUAAAAGGAGUAGUCCUAUUAAACGAUGAGCUGCGUGGUUGAGGGAGGUGGUGGGCCCUGUGGCGCGUGCAAGUUCCUUCGACGCAAGUGCGUAAAAGGGUGCGUAUUUGCACCGUAUUUCGAUUCGGAUCAAGGCGCGGCCCACUUCGCCGCCGUGCACAGGGUGUUCGGGGCUAGCAACGCCUCCAAAUUGCUGCUGCGAAUUCCGCCGCACUGCCGCCUCGACGCCGUCGUCACGCUCUGUUACGAGGCCCUCGCUAGGGUUAGGGAUCCCGUUUACGGCUGCGUCGCCCACAUCUUCACUCUUCAGCAGCAGGUAGUGAAUCUCCAAGCCGAAUUGGCGCACACUCAAGCUCGCAUCUCGACACUUCAGCACACUCCACCGUCGCUGCCACUUCCAGUGCUUAAUUCCUCCAUGGUCGAGACUUCGCCCUCGUCGUUGGGGAUGGUGAGUUUUUGCAGCUCAUCAGUUGAUCAAGAAGUUGAAGAUGAUGGUGACCUCCAAUCACUAGCUCGAGAAUACGUUUCAAGAUACUUCCCAGGAGUUAGAUUUAUGCCUCCAACUCCACACUAAUUGGGUCACCUUUUUUUGUUAUCUUAGUAUCUAGCUAGCUUCAUCUCUUAUUUUCUUGCAUGACUCCUUUUGAGUAGUUACGAGAAAGAAAUUAUGGGAAGAAUGUUUAUUCAGU